AGUUCAGGCUAGAGCAAUCCACGCCGGAGUGAUCGGGCAGGCAGGAAAAGGCAAGUAGAUAGGAGCAGUGCUUGUCAGAGCGAUGAGCGAAACAGGCCUAAGCGAUCUAUACCAGAAUGGCAGAGCAGGAGGUAUGAAAACUGAUUAAGAGACAGGCCAAUGCAAUCUAUAGCAGAGUAAUGGAGCAUAGACAUGGUUAGAAGGAGGCUAUCCCAGAAUAAAAGCCUGUGAAGGGCAGACCAGAGUAAUCCAUGUCAGAGACGCUUGGAAAGCAGCCAGGACAAAGGCCAAAUGAAUGAAGGCCGGCAGGGAAAUGUGUGGCAGGACAGACAAGAGCAAUCCAUGCCAGAGAACGGAGCCCUGGAACUCUCUUCCUGCUGCUGGGUAAAAUAUUUGCUUUUGCUGAAGACUGUUGCCAUGCUAAGAAGAUGGAAGAAAACAAAAUGACCGUCUCCUCACCAUUUGGGCUGCACUUAGUGCACUUGGAUCUCAAAGGUGCUCCACCAAAGGUCUCCUACCUGGCUGAGAUCUUUCCUUUAUUUCAUACCCUUGGUGCCAAUGGCCUUCUCAUUGAGUAUGAGGACAUGUUUCCUUAUGAGGGAGAGCUGAAGCCACUCAGAGCAGAGCAUGCUUACAGUGCCUCAGAGAUUAAAGAGAUUUUAAAUUUGGCAGAAUUGCAUGAGUUAGAAGUUAUCCCUCUGGUGCAGACCUUUGGACACAUGGAAUUUGUCCUAAAACACCAAGAGUUUUCUCACCUCCGGGAGGUGGAGAUGUUUCCAAAUGCCCUCAAUCCACACAAAGAGGAAUCCCUGAUGCUGGUCAGUGCAAUGAUUGAUCAGGUGGUGGCGCUGCACGAUGGCUUACGAUGGUUUCACAUAGGCUCUGAUGAGGUCUACUAUCUCGGUGAAGGGGAGGAGUCAAAGCAAUGGCUGCAGAAAGAAGAGAACAGCAUAGAGAAGCUGUGUCUGUCCCACAUGAAAGCUGUUGCAAGUUGCAUGGUCUCAUCUUAUCCCGAGGUGAAGCCCAUUGUGUGGGAUGAUAUGCUCAGGGGAGUGAGUGAGGAAACACUGACAGAGUCCGGGGUAGCUCAGCUGAUGGAGCCAAUGAUUUGGGACUAUGCAGCGGAUCUUGAUGAGGAUGACAAAGUGCUUCUCAUAGAAAAGUACCACAAGUGUGGCUUCCCCAAGCUGUGGUUUGCCAGUGCCUUUAAAGGAGCCACUGGGGCAAAUCAGUCUCUAACCCUGAUUGGACACCAUCUAAAAAACAAUCUCCAGUGGCUGAAAGUGGCAAACAGCACCCCUGCUGAUAUGCUCCAAGGCAUCGCCCUGACUGGCUGGCAAAGGUAUGACCACUUCUCUGUCUUAUGUGAGCUUCUUCCAGUGGGAAUCCCAUCACUAGCUGUGUGUCUGCAGGCACUACAGAAUGGUGGCUAUUCUGAAAAGGUUAAAGAAAAUGUGGAGAAACAGCUGGGGCUCUCAAGUCUGGAAAUCGACACUUUCAUGAGUGAAAGUUCAGGGACCUUUCCAGGGAGUGACAUCUUCACACUUGUGACUCAGGUCUGCUGCUAUCUGAAGCCCUCAGUAGAUGAAUUUCUUGAAAGAAACAGGUUUGUCACAGGCUGGUUCAGCCCCUACCACAGAAAGAGGAGGAUCGUUCAUCCUAUAAUGAUGCAUCAUUUUCAGCCGGAUGCACUAAGUCUUCUAGCCAAGUGGAAUGCUGUGAUGCAAGAGCUUCAAGCAGCCCUUGAGAGAGUUUUCUACAUGUGUACCCUAGAAGAGUGGAUGGAAGAGAAUGUCCAUCCCAGCUUUCACAAACUGCAGGAAGUAGUGGAUGACCUAGACAAAGCAAUACAAGCACAAUCCUAGCUGCCCUCAGAAACUGCCAAACGUCUUAUCUGAGACUCUGGCUGGUGCAAAUUCAUGAGUAGCUGUAUAGUCAGAGCUUAAACCACCCAUGGAAUAAAGUAGAUGCAACUUCACUGAAGUUGAGUUGGACCAUAUCCACAGCAAGGAAUUUGAAGCUAGAAUGACGAAGUAUGAAGAUGUGGGGUUCUAUCUUUAGCUCCAACCAAUGCCAAAACUCAGCCUCUGAAAUCAGCUACAGCAAUGUGCGUACUUGACCAGACUUACUCCUGUCUGUAACAAUGAAAGCAAGAACGAGGCCAAGCUUGGCUGUGUCCUUAGUAGUGAGAGUAUAGGGAAAGGAGAAAGUGCAUCAAGACAGAUCUUGAAUUUCGAAAAUCUUUCUCUUUUAGGUAAAAGUGACCUGAAAAAGUAAUGUGGCAAAUUCCAGUUGCUCACCAGUAUGAGCUGAAUGCCCCCCAAGAUUCUGCAUACUUCUGCCUUGUUGUAGGUCUUUAUCUCCUUCCAUUACGGCCAUCUGAUUCUUGCUCAGAGGCAGUGUUCCAGUACGCAUCCUACUGCAGCAUCAUGACAAAACUUCAGUCAAUCCAUGGCUCUGGAUACGUUCUGUCCGUGACAUUCUAAAGUAUAGAAAGGAAUUUUAAAAAACAAAAAGCCUACAUCCAGCUUUGAACAGGUUCAGAUCUGGAACUGAAGGUCACAACUUGACCUUUUAAAAAAAAAAGUUAUUAAAAUACAGGUCUUAACUGGCUUUUUAGGAGAACAGGAGAGAUUCCCUGAGGGCUGUGACAUCACAGCAUGGUGUAUGACGGGGCAUCAAAGCAGGAGUCAGUUGACUUCAGUGGACUUACAGGACUUGAAAUGAGAGGUGGGAAAUGAAGUUUUGGUAACAUGCUGAACACUGCAGUCUGGUUAUUUGAGGAAGUUUCUUAAAGCCUCUCAACAUAACUGAAAAGUACCCAAAUCACUUCAGACACCCUUCAGUUGUUAGCUUCAUAACUAUAAAUCUGACUUUUGUUGCAUCUACUUGCAAACUUAGAAACUAGUCUGAAGUCAAUAGAAAGACACCCAUAGGCUUUUGGUGCUUGAGGUGACGGCUCUUAAUGGUUUAUAGACAAGUUCAUGUUUCAUGGCUCUUGUAAACUGGUUAACAAGCAUAUUGUAACUACUGGGCACAAAAUAAAUCAGUGAAAACCAGAUACUCCAAGUGUGAAUUUACAAUAAACAUUCAAAAUACCUUUUAAAA